AUGGGGCAUUUAUCUUCUAUGUUCAAUGGUUUGGCAAAGUCGUUUUCGUUAAGGAAAGGUGGGAAUUCUGUGAGAUGUGAAAGGAGAGAAGCCGUUGAGGAAAUGGCGAAAGAAGCCAAGAAAAAUGAUUUGAUUUUGUGUAGCUCUGGUGUUGUUAAUGUGGAUGGUUCAAAUAACUUUGCAUCAGUUUUCUCUAAAAGAGGUCAGAAAGGAAGCAACCAAGAUUGUUGCAUAGUGUGGGAGGAAUUUGGAUGCCAAGAUGACAUGAUAUUCUGUGGAAUAUUUGAUGGACAUGGACCAUGGGGUCAUUUUGUGGCGAAAAGAGUGAGAGAGUCAAUGCCAAGAUCUUUGUUAUGCAAUUGGCAAGAGACACUUGCUGCACAAUCUUCAUCAUCACUUGAUAAUGAUCAUGUAAAGGAAAUUGAAAUUCCAGACAACAAGCAACAAAGAUUCAAUAUAUGGAAGCACUCUUACUUGAAGGCAUGUGCUUCCAUCGAUCAAGAACUCGAGCAUUGUCGAAAGUUCGACUCGUUUCACAGCGGAACAACUGCCCUCUCAAUUGUUAGACAGGGUGAAACGAUUAUCAUAGCAAAUGUUGGCGAUUCUCGUGCGGUAUUAGCUACAACAUCAGAUGAUGAUGAUGGAAGUUUGGUGGCAGUUCAACUAACACUUGAUUUCAAGCCGAAUUUACCUCAAGAAGCAGAGAGAAUAACUCAGUGUCAAGGACGCGUUUUCUGUUUAGAGGAUGAACCGGGCGUGCAUAGGGUAUGGUUGCCGGACGUAGAAUCUCCCGGACUCGCCAUGUCAAGAGCUUUUGGUGAUUAUUGUCUUAAAGAAUAUGGUCUUAUUUCAGUGCCUGAAGUGACUCAGAGGAAUAUAAGCAGUAAAGAUCAGUUUGUUAUUCUUGCCUCUGAUGGGGUUUGGGAUGUGAUCUCGAAUCAAGAAGCAGUAGAUAUUGUAUCUUCGGCAGCAGAUAGAGCAAAAUCAGCUAAAUGUUUGGUGCAAUGUGCAGUUCAUGCAUGGAAACGUAAGAGAAGGGGUAUUGCCAUUGAUGACAUUUCAGCUAUUUGUCUCUUUUUUCAUUCUCCUAUGUCAUCUGAGCUAGUUAGCAGCACAAUUGAAACUCUUAAAUAG